UUAUUGGUUUCACAAAGUUAUUGAGAUAUGAAAUAACGAUGGUGGCAUUGUCGACCACAGGUUACACUCCUAAUUCCUUGUUGAAUUCCAUAUCCCGUCAGUGUAAUAACGAUAAAGCUUCAUUCUGGCAGUCUGCACCUCGGUUUGAUCGUCUAUUAAACAAAAACAAUGAAUCACGAAUUCGUCAUUCAAAUUGCUGGCGUUGGGCUCGACCGUCUCUUCCUCCCGGACAAGGACGCGGACGCUCCUCUGCUGAAAAGUGCGACGAUAGUGAUAGUGGUAUCCAGAUAAAUGAACAAGGCAACACGGCAAUAAUCUCCGCUUGCUUUGUUGGCCUCUUCACCGGUAUCAGUGUCGUGCUUUUCAACGCUGCGGUUCAUGAAAUACGCGAUUUUUGUUGGGAUGGGAUUCCAUCUCGAGGUGCCUCAUGGUUAAGGGAGGAGCCCAUUGGAGUAAUUUGGCAACGUGUAAUCUUUGUACCAGCUUCUGGCGGUUUGCUAGUCAGCCUUUUGAACACUUUCCGAGCCACACUGGACGUCUCAAAGCAAGGAAAUUGGACAUCAUCUGUUAAAUCUGUCUUGGGACCAAUUUUGAAGACAGUCGCUGCUUGUGUCACUUUAGGAACUGGGAAUUCCUUAGGACCAGAAGGCCCAAGUGUUGAAAUUGGUACAUCAGUUGCCAAGGGAAUUGAAGCUCUGCUCGAUAAAGGUGCUCAUAGAAAGCUAUCUCUCAAGGCUGCUGGAUCAGCUGCUGGAAUCUCUUCUGGAUUUAAUGCUGCUGUUGCGGGUUGUUUCUUUGCUGUGGAAUCUGUGUUAUGGCCAUCACCUGCAGAGUCCUUGUCCUUAACAAAUACGACUUCAAUGGUUAUUCUCAGUGCUGUUAUAGCUUCUGUAGUCUCAGAAAUUGGCCUUGGCUCAGAACCUGCAUUUGCAGUCCCAGCAUAUGAUUUUCGUACACCUACGGAAUUGCCGCUUUAUCUUCUGCUGGGCAUCUUUUGCGGGUUAGUCUCAGUGGCAUUAUCAAGCUGUACAUCACUUAUGCUGCAAAUAGUGGAAAAUAUCCAAACGACCAGCGGCGUGCCAAAAUCAGCUUUCCCUGUGCUGGGUGGGCUUCUGGUUGGGCUGGUAGCCUUAGCAUAUCCUGAAAUCCUUUACUGGGGUUUUGAGAACGUUGAUAUUUUGCUAGAAUCUCGCCCACUAGUGAAAGGCCUCUCUGCUGAUCUGUUGCUCCAGCUUGUAGCUGUCAAAAUAGUAACAACUUCAUUAUGCCGAGCCUCUGGAUUGGUUGGAGGCUACUAUGCUCCAUCUCUAUUUAUUGGUGCUGCUACUGGAACUGCAUAUGGGAAAAUUGUUGGCUACAUUAUCUCUCAUGCUGAUCCAGUCUUUCAUCUUUCCAUCUUGGAAGUUGCAUCCCCCCAAGCAUAUGGUCUGGUUGGCAUGGCUGCCACUCUUGCUGGUGUCUGUCAGGUGCCUCUCACUGCGGUUUUGCUUCUCUUUGAACUGACACAGGAUUAUCGGAUAGUUCUGCCCCUCAUGGGAGCUGUGGGUUUGUCAUCAUGGGUUACAUCUGGACAAACAAGGAAAGGGGUAGUAAAGGAUAGGAAGAAAUUAAAAGAUGCAAGAGCCCAGAUGACGCAGUGGCAGGGAACUUCUUCCUCCAACAUGGGACUUCCUAGCUUAACUUAUUCUAAAGGUGUGGAACCUUCACAAAAAGAGAGUAACCUCUGCAAACUUGAGAGUUCACUCUGUCUUUAUGAAUCUGAUGAUGAAGAAAAUGAUUUCGCUAGGAAAGUUCUAGUUGCACAGGCAAUGAGAACGCGAUAUGUGACAGUCCUAAUGAACACCUUGCUAAUGGAAACCAUAUCUCUCAUGCUAGCUGAGAAGCAAUCUUGUGCUAUAAUAGUUGAUGAAAAUAAUUUUCUCAUUGGUUUGCUGACACUUAUUGAUAUCCAGAAUUACAGCAAGUUGCCAAGAGCAGAAGGGAAAUGCCAGGAGGAACUUGUAGUAGCUGAAGUUUGCUCUUCAAACGGCAAUAAGUGCCGGGUAUCAUGCGCAGUGACUCCAAAUACAGAUCUCCUUUCUGCUCUAACUCUUAUGGAGAAACAUGGUUUAAGUCAGCUGCCUGUUAUACUAAGGCACGUGGAGGAUGAAGGCAUACAUCCUGUGGGCAUUUUGGACAGAGAGUGCAUCAAUGUAGCUUGCAGAGCAUUAGCAACUAGAGAACAGCUUAGCUAGUUCUCCACAGAGUAAAGGCUAACUGUAGGCUGCAUAACCAGUUUGCAAUAAGUUCUUCCUUGUUAAAGCAUGUCGAGGAUUAUUGUCUCUGAGUAAUCCAUCCUCGCCCUGUCGUACAACAGGGUUGAACAAAUGCUGUAAAUAUCUUUUCUUCAUCAGCAUAUCCAAACAGCUGUUUUGGCCUUCCUGAGAUUUUGGACUACCAUCUUCAGUUGAAUUGUAAAUAAUGAGAAAGAUGCUAGCAUAAGCAGAGGGGACCAUACAACCAGGAAUCUGGAUUCACAGCUGAAGCUGAAGGUUGUUGAAGCUGCUUCUCAAAUUUGGCACUGGAGGAGCGCACUGCCUAACUACACUGACUCAUCGUCCAAUUCCAAAGAUUCACUUCCGUGCUAUGGAACUUGAACAGGAUUGAGUUUCAUGCCUCGUGUCAAAAUUAAGUUUACUCUUCUGUCAUUGCCUGAAUAAUAUUUCUUCUUGCUGCUUUAACGGUUAAUGACUUUUCAAACAA